AUGGACCCAAAGCCAACGACUGACGACCCCAGGUUCCUCUCCGUGGCAGAGUACCCCUUGCUGGACCGCGCCAUCGAGUCCGGUUCUCUCAACCUGCCCGAAAACAAGAGCGUGCAGGGCCUCUCCGGCGGCAUCCGCGCCGCCUUCGACGCCUAUGGCCCCUCGGAGCUCGGCCACAAGAAGUGCGUCAUCUUCGUUGUCCAGGGCGGCGAGCGCAACAUCUUUGACCAGCGCCACCUCGAGUACGCCCUCGCCAGCUCCCCCGACGACCCCGUCCCCGUCUUCCGCGUCCCCUGCUCCGAGCUCCUGCGGCACACCGAGGUCGCCGCCACGCCCAAGCGGCAGCUGCUCUACAAGCUGCCCCGGGACCCGUCAAAGGUCUUCGAGGUCGCCGUCGCCUACCUGCGGUGCUGGUACGAUCCCUCCGACUACCCGGACGAGAGCGCUUGGGAGGCCCGCUACCACCUCGAGAGGUCGGCGGCCGUCAAGUGCCCGACCGUUCUGACGCAGCUGGCGGGCAGCAAGAAGAUCCAGCAGGUCCUGGCCACACCGAGGUCGGGAUCGUCGCCUUCGGUGUUGGGCCGGUUCAUCCCCGACGACGCGCCGCAGACGGCCGAGGUCUUCCAGACAUUCACAAACAUCUUCCCCAUGGACGCCUCCGAGGCCGGUCUCAAGGCACGCAAGAUCGCCCUGGACCCCGAGCUCUGCAAGAACUACGUGCUCAAGCCGCAGAGGGAGGGCGGCGGCAACAACCACUACCGCGAGGACAUCCCCGAGUUCCUGAAGAAGACCCCCGAGACGCAUUGGGGUUCCUACAUCUUGAUGGAACUCAUCACCCCGCCCAAGCAGGACAACAUCAUCCUCCGCAACGGUAACCUCGAGGAGGGCGGUGUUAUCUGCGAGCUUGGCAUUUACGGCACGACUGUUUGGAACCAGGGCACUGGGGAGGUUGUUCACAAUGAGGAGGCGGGCUACUUGCUUCGCACCAAGGGCGACACCAGCAACGAGGGCGGUGUUGCUGCCGGCUUUGGUUGCAUGGAUAGCUGCACACUCGUCUGA